AUGUACAGCAAACAUCCCUUGAUCGACAUCAACUCACAGCUUCCCAGGAAGAGAAGGCGGUUGUUGAGAUCCCACUAUAUGUUCAUGGACUUGGCCAUCAACCCCGGAUACGGCGACAGUGGUUUGUUUGUUAUAUGUGAAACUACCAAACGAUCAUCAAAAAGAACAUUACUAUUUAUAGCUGUAAUCGUAGCCUUUAUUUUAGGACUUCUAAUGGGUUUAUUUUUACCUUUGAGACUAAUGGACAAAUGUUUAUCUCGAUUAAAAUUUAAAAACAGCUACCAACUAGGGAACGAUUCGUCAAGAAAUAGUACCGGUACCGGAGUGGGAAGAGUUGCAAACACCACGUACGUGAAUGGAAUAUUUUGGGACGACGCCGUAGAAAGUUCUCUCCCGUCGGGGUUUACUGAGGAGUGCGGAACACAUUGGGUGGACUUUGUACAAAAAACUGCGAUCGUGAAGAUCGAAAAAGGCUGUGGGAGGAUGCAGAAUAGACUCGUUACGUUCGAAGAUGGCACAAAAGCGUGUUGCCGGUAUCGCCAGAAUACUGACCAGAUUCAAGGGGAGAUCUUCAGCUACUACCUGGGUAGGCUUUUGAACCUCCGCAACGUCGUUCCGUCUACAGUGGUCGCCAUCAACAGUAGUCAAGUGACGUGGCACAACGUCGGAUCUCAGCUGUCUGACGCGCAGUGGUGUGAGGGCCAUCCUGUGGUGUUCACAAAGUACAUCCAGGACCUUGUCCCCGCGGACAUUCCUCCGGUCUUCAGGCAACUGACAAGUGAAGGUCUGUCGACGUCCGCCCGACGACCAAGCUCCUUCUGGACGACCGUCUUCACAAGUCAUAACACUUCGGGAGAAUUUAAAGUCGAAGAAUGGAUUAGAAGUAUAAAAGACGCGGUGGAAUUAGCACAAUGGUCCGAUCUCAUUAUCUUUGACUACUUGACUGGAAAUCUAGACAGAGUGGUGAACAAUUUAUACAACCUGCAGUGGAACCCCGAUAUGCUGACCAACCCCGCCCACAACUUGGCCCGGACGGCAACGUCUGGCCUCUUGGUGUUCUUGGACAACGAGAGUGGCAUGCUGCAUGGCUACAGACUCCUAGACAAGUAUGAACCUUACCACAGUCUUCUGUUGAACAGUGUGUGUGUGUUCCGCAAACCCACGGUUGAUGCUCUGACAGCUCUGAGUCUGUACAGCAACCCUGGUCAGCUGUUAUCUGAAGGGCUGCCUUCUCCUGAUCUUCUACCUCCUCUGCCGGACCUCAACCAGAGUACACUUCGACUGAGAGUCGCUAGAGUGCUACAACAAGUAAUAUCCUGCGCCAAGAGGUACCAUGUCCGUCUGUGA